GGCUCCUCCGGGGUUGCCCGUCGCCUAGCGCGGCCCAGCGCCCCCGGGCCGGCCCCGCCGCCGCCCCCGGCGCCUCCCUCCCUUCUGCCUCGCUGGCCCUCGGUCCCCGCUGCCCCUCGCUGGGGACGGGCCAGCGGCUCCUGCUCCCCCCUCAGCCGCCCGUAGCCCCGCGGGAGGAUGUCGGAGGAUCCCGAGACGGACAAGAUGAUCAAGGAAACCUCCAUUUUAGAGGAGUACAACAUUAACUGGACUCAGAAGCUGGGAGCUGGGAUCAGUGGUCCUGUUAGAGUCUGCGUGAAAAAAUCCUCUCAAGAACGCUUUGCACUGAAAAUUCUUCUUGAUCGUCCAAAAGCUAGAAAUGAGGUACGUCUGCACAUGAUGUGUGCAACACAUCCAAAUAUUGUUCAAAUUAUUGAAGUUUAUGCUAACAGUGUGCAGUUCCCACAUGAAUCCAGCCCAAGGGCUCGGCUCCUAAUUGUAAUGGAGAUGAUGGAAGGGGGAGAGCUAUUUCACAGAAUCAGCCAGCACCGGCACUUUACUGAGAAGCAAGCAAGCCAAGUAACAAAGCAGAUAGCUUUGGCUUUGCAGCAUUGCCACUCACUAAACAUUGCACAUAGAGACCUCAAGCCUGAGAACCUCCUCUUCAAGGAUAACUCUCUGGAUGCGCCUGUUAAGUUGUGUGACUUUGGAUUUGCCAAAGUAGACCAAGGUGACUUGAUGACACCACAGUUCACUCCCUAUUACGUAGCACCUCAGGUAUUGGAGGCACAAAGACGACAUCAGAAAGAAAAAUCUGGUAUUAUCCCCACCUCUCCAACACCUUACACUUAUAACAAGAGCUGUGACUUGUGGUCCCUGGGUGUCAUUAUUUACGUGAUGCUGUGUGGAUACCCUCCGUUUUACUCCAAACACCAUAGUCGGACAAUUCCAAAGGACAUGCGGAAAAAGAUCAUGACAGGAAGCUUUGAAUUUCCAGAGGAAGAGUGGAGCCAGAUCUCAGAAAUGGCGAAAGACAUUGUGCGAAAGCUACUGAAGGUCAAACCUGAGGAACGGCUGACCAUUGAAGGUGUGCUGGACCAUCCCUGGCUCAACUCCACCGAGGCACUUGAUAACAUCCUACCCUCUGCCCAGCUGAUGAUGGACAAGGCAAUGGUUGCAGGGAUACAACAGGCUCAUGCAGAACAGCUUGCGAACAUGAGAAUCCAGGACCUCAAAGUCAGUCUCAAACCCCUUCACUCCGUCAACAACCCAAUCCUGCGCAAAAGGAAAUUACUGGGCACUAAGCCGAAGGAUGGUGUUUAUAUCCAUGACCCCGAGAACGGAAGUAACGAUUCCAACGUGGCUCUGGAAAAGCUCAGAGAUGUGAUUGCUCAGUGCAUUCUACCACAGGCUGGUAAAGGAGAGAAUGAAGAUGAGAAGUUGAAUGAAGUGAUGCAGGAGGCGUGGAAGUAUAACAGAGAGUGUAAGUUGCUGCGAGACACUCUUCAGAGCUUCAGCUGGAAUGGCAGAGGAUUCACAGAUAAAGUGGAUCGACUAAAACUGGCAGAAAUAGUAAAACAAGUUAUUGAAGAGCAGACAAACUCCCAUGACUCUCAAUAGCUGGAGCUUCUUAAUCUUAUUUUUUUUACCAUUUAAGAUUUAUUCUUUAACUGUAAAAAGUAUUUUUAUGUAAAUUAAUAAAUCAUAAUUAUUUCAUUAAAUUUCCAUACUGCUUGAAAAUGCUGUAUAGUUGUAGAUAAAAAAAAAAAAAAAAUCAUUGGUACUGUAAUAUUUUUUUAAAACUCAGUUCCUUGAGGUAUAUAUGAUCACUUAUGUACUGUUAAUCAUGAGUCCCCCAGAUGGGGCAAAUUAUAUUGUUAAAGACCAUUCUUUUUCUUAAUAACCAGUUGCAGAAGCUGCCUUCCAUCUGCUAUACAUACAGCCAGCUGCAAUGACUAUGUAUGCGAACAAGACAGCCACAGUUCCCCCAACACCCUGCUCAGUAAGUACUUGAAGCAAGUGCUGUGAAACACACACUUCAUAGCUACCCUUUGCGCCUAAAUUCCCAAUCUUUAUGUAGAGGCAACUCAAUAGCCUUCAGUUUCACUAGAUGACCCGAGAGCCACGCUUGGCCUUGCCAAGGGCACCCGAGUCCAUGUGCUUGCUGUAUUUUUCAGUUCAAAUCAGUAGCCCUCUGUUUUUAUUUCUUCUCCAUCUUCCUCAGAUCUUCAUUAAGACUGAGCCUUCUUUCUUCUUCCCCAUCUUCCUCAGACCUUUUUUAAGGCUGAAUUGGCCAUUCAGCAUUACGACUCUUCUUUUUAUCAUAUUGUUCAACAGCAGAAUAGAAGAAUGUUCUAGUUACUUAUGUACAAGUUAUUUUUAUUUUCAUGGUGGGAUCUUCUACGGACUCCACAAAAUAGGUGUGGGGUCUGAUUGCUUUGACCUCAGAUCAGCAGUUGUGUGUGUUCCCCCCAUGUACUCCCUUCUUUCCUUUCUAGAAGAUCCAACAUUUGGUUUCAAACUUGUCCUCUUGUUUGAAAGAGAUCAUCCUGGCAAGGGUCAUAGUGCUGCUGUGUGAAUCCACUGGUGAUCCUUCUCUUGUGUCACCCUCUGGAGUCCAAGCUCCCCAUCUCUUCGAUGCCUUCGAGCUCCUCCUUGGGGAGCAACAGACGCAGGGCUGCUCCUUGACACAUGUCCUUAUGCUGCCUGGACCAUCAGGCUGCCCAGGGCAGAUUCUUACACUAGUCUGGAACAUUGGCUCCAAAAGCUGCUUUUUUUUUAAUUUUAAGUAAACAAACAAAUGAAAAGAAUCUGUACAUAUUUCUAGUUUUCUACCUUCUGACGCUUUUCUUUCUUUUGAGACUGGUUGAAGGCUUUUUAUAGAGAUAUUUUGGUACUAAACCUGUGCAGACGUUGAAUGAGUUUGGUCUGCAGACUGAAGUGCCAAUUCAGGGCUAUUAGUAAUGACUCUUGAUCAUUAUUGUUAUAUUUCAUAGCUCAUUAAUUUUGGGUUUACAUUUACAAACCUGAGCCAUGAAUCUCCAAAUUCACUCUUUUGGCAGUCCAGCCUUGUUCUUUUUUUGUCUUUUUUUCUAUACCAGACUUCCUUGCAACCUUUAGCUUGGAUGAUGGCAAACCAGUGUCUGACUCUUUCUAUAAAAUUUUGUAAGCAGUGACUUAGUUUUUCUACAUGAAGGAGAUACUUCAUUUCCCAUUCUUCAUCAGCACCGUGUCAGCUUGCUUUUAAUCCUGUUGACAGUUUUCCAAUGCCUGAUUUAUAGCAGAGUAAGAACCACAGUCCCUCCUUAUCCAUCGCUUCCUCUGAUGGGAACAGGGAGGUUUUUGUGCAAGCUGGAGUUGUACCUCUGACACUACAUGGAAUAUUUGUGCACUGACAUGUAUCGAUGACAACUGUGGAGAUUUAGCAAGAGACAGGAGUAUUUAUAAUUUCUUGGUCGUAUCAGCAAGUUUGCAGGGCUUAUUAUAUGCAUUUCUGUCCUUGCUCAAAAUUCUAGGUCAUGUCAACAUCCACACAGUCUUUAAGUGUGAUAGAUAAUUCCCUUUUUAACUUGAAAUCCAAGGGUUUUUCUUCUGGGAAAUCUCAUUGUUUUGGAACCUUUAAGGGUGGCAAAUAGAGAAAUAAACAAGGAAAUCACCUUUGUUUGAAUGGGAGUGCAAAAAAAAUCCCCCCACAAAAGCAUUUUGCCACUCUGCCCUCCAAGGAGGAAGAUACUGGGGCAGUUUCUUGGGAGCCAGAACUUCUUAGUAGAAAACUGGAUCAGAUGGUAGCUACUCUCAUGGGGGAAGGGAUGACUGCCACGCCAUGGCCUGAUACCAUCCAGGAACCUUGUGAGCAACCACGGGGUGGUUGCUCUAGUGUUAAGGAUGAGAGUAGUGAGGUUUGUCUGCUGCUGUGUAACUCUCUCUAGGAAUGGCUUCAGCUUGUUUCCACAGUUCCCAGUGUGUGUUUGGUUCAUUUGGGAGCCCCUUGGGGUGCAAGAGCAACUGCUGCUCGCUGACAUCCAGGGCCACUCAGAAAUAAGCAGAGAAAAUGGGAUCUGACUUCAUUAGAGGGACCCUCCUCUCUUCAUCCUCCUUUAACUUACACGAUGGAAUAAUUCCAAGCUGUUACUGAGAGUGAGGUGGGUCUAUCAGCGACUGACUGCGAAGUAUCUGGAGGGAAGUCAAAUUUCUAAAGGCUUUUGUGAGUAAGGAACUAGCUUUUUAUGGAUUUACUAUAGAUUUUAUUGUCUGUGAUGAGUGAGAAUGGCCUGAUCCAAAACGGAGGUAGGGAGGGACAGAUUAAGAAAACACAAUUUGAAGAUUCAAGGUCAAAUGGUUUUAUUUCUAGGAGAAAGUUGAUUAUUUUACUCUUUAAAAAGUUAAGUUAUGUUUUAGAUUUCAAAAUUAAAUACACUUUAAUGGGUUUAUUUACAUAUUUUAAAGUAGUAUUUUACUUUCUCCUUCCUGUGUUUUUUAUUUUUCACUUGACAUAAAUGCGAGAGACCUUGUAUUGAUUAUAUAAGGUUUUACUCGGUAUUAAAUCUACUGAUCCUUUAUAGCAGACUGUGAAUAUUGUAAAUACCUGGAGAUGGAAGGGUUGUGUGGGAUCAAAGAAGACAUUCUUUGUACAAACACUAAAAGGAUAUGAGAAAGCUCUGUAGGGUUUUGGGUUGUUUUGGGUUUUUUUUAGGAAUUUUAUCUGAAAUCAUUUGACCUUUUCAAAAUUUUAUGUAUAUCUGAAUUCUCCUGUGACUUGAUUAUUUUAAGCUAUAUAUAUAUAUAAAACUUAGAAGAACUUGACUAGGUGGUGAAAGUUUUCGAUUGGAAAUAGCAACAUGUCAAAGUUUUGCUGUCAUUACUUCAGGUUUUUCUUUUGGAAAUCUGAGUCUGUCCUCAUAUGCCAUGUUUAACUUGUGUAUUAAAAUGUUUUCAUUUCUCCUUUUCAGUGUUAUCUGUAAUACGUUAGUUUAUUUUGGAUCAGUAUUAUAUUGUAAAUAUUACGCAUCGGUGUAUAUAAAUGAUUUUACUAAACU